GUCAUUCCUCGGGAUGCCUGCGACGGAACAACAUCGCACGGGAGACGAAAUGUUUUCAUCAAAUGUUUAAUUGUCGCCGGGAUGUUUGUGCCUUCACAACAGCUUUUCCGUUUCAGAAUUGUACCGCUUGACUGUUGGUUGAAUAAUAACCUGGUUUACAACAAGCUAACAAGGCUAAUUUCAGGGUUUAAUCACUCUCGAUGAGCUGUGCAAGAUGGCUGCAGUGUUUUUGGCCAGCGAGUGGAGUUGAUGUUGUAAUGAGGCGUUUGAGGACGCCCCACCCUCUUUUUGGAGACGGAAUACUGUGUUGUACUGUACAGUCAUGAAAAAUAGUGCGGUUUAAUUUCUAGCUCAUUCUGAAAUAAAAACAUAAAAGCUGUUACAGUAUGGUUAUUUUUACUUUUUUACGCUUUUAUCGUUUACCUGUCAUCUCUUAUCUCUUUUACCUCUCUUAUUUCGGUUUUACUGUCUUCUUAGCUUUUGUUAUACUUACACUCUUUAAUUAAUUAACCCUUUAUGCCUUUUAUUGUUUUUUAAUUGCUAACCCUCCUUUUAACCGCAUUUUCUUUUUCUUAACCAUUUUAUGUUUUUAUUUUGGUGGACAUGGUCUCAUUUUAUGUUUCAUUGUUCUUGUAUUGUCUGGGUUCCUUAUAUAUGAAAAUGGCCUUAAAUUCCGUUUUAACUGAGCUUUUUGUUUAUCUGUCUUUUUCCGAGUGCUUUAUGACUAUAAGAACUUUGUGAACUUUUGUUUUUAAGUGCUAUAUAAAUAGUUAUUAUUAUUACUUUCAUUUACACACCUCAAACACACAACAGAUUUAAGUGUUAAAUUUCCCCCAACAAUCAGGCUACAGCAAGUGCUAGGCGGUGCAGACUUAAGAAGAAACUUUGAAGUAUAUUUUUAGUUUUACAAUAUUUGCAUAGGCUGUUGUAGCAGCCUGUACCUGUUUGAUGUAAACGAUGUAAACUUAUUGCCACUUGUAAAUCUUUCCCUACGUGAAUAACCGUCACUUUCCAGAUUUACCAAGGCUGCCGAGCCGAUAUAAUCCAUAUGAAUACACUGGAACCAUGUUUCUAACGGUGUAUACUGACGGAUAAAACAAACUCACCCUCUCAGUCGCUCAAAUGGUGCAGCGUUUAAGAGACGCGUCAGCGGCAUGUUGUAGAGCACACAGGUGCACGCUAAUUGUGGAUUGCUAAUUAGUUCAUGCGCACCGUGCUGUGCAGGGGUUUAAUGAUCUGAGAUUCCGGCGCUGCCAUUCAUUUAGGAACCUAUUUCACUGCAAACAUGAGUGCUGCAGGAGGAACCCCUUACAUUGGCAGUAAAAUCAGUUUGAUAUCAAAGGCACAAAUUCGAUAUGAGGGGAUAUUGUCUUCUGUAGACACAGAUAGGUCCACGGUUGCUUUAGCCAAAGGUAGGUUGGUAGAUCUAGACCAUGUGCUUCUCUCCCUUGGACAGCUGAAGUAAGUUGUUAAAGUUGCUGACUUGUACCUUUUAUUUCUAAUUUAAUGUUUCCAAACAGUAAGAUCUUAUGGGACAGAGGACCGGCACACAGAUAUACCAGUUCCACCCAAAGAUGAAAUUUAUGAAUUUAUUAUCUUCAGAGGAAGUGACAUCAAAGACAUCACUGUAUCUGAACCACCAAAAGCACACCAUGGACUGCCUCGUGAUCCAGCAAUUAUACAGGUAUGUGUCACAAAGAGAGUAACUUCUACCUCUGGAUGUAUUUGCUGUUGGAGUGUUUAAACUGCUGCUCAUAAAAUAUUCUUUUAUCCUAAAUGUUGUCAUGUAAGUCAUCCGUUGGCAACCCCUCUGCUGCAUAUCACCCACGCUGGAGUCCAUACAGAGACAUGAUGCCCACCUACAACCAGCUGGCUGCUAGCUCUCUCCUCAACCAGCAGUACAAUGCAGCACUUGGCCUAGGUAAUAUAAGAGCGUCAAAAGCUUGAAUCUGUCACUUGGUUUCCUGUUUGCCAUGUGUCCACUGUUGGUCCACAACAACCAUGCUGUUCAUGAUCUUCACUGUCAGGUCUUCAUGGCAUCCCAGCCAGGAGAGCGCCGAUGGUGGAGCAGGCUGUCCAGACGGUGCCUUUGGCCAGUGCUGCCCAGAGAAGAGGCAAGACUGUGACCCAGCCACAGAGCAGACAGCAAACUCGUCCAGGCCAGCGAUCCGGCCGAAGUGGUUCACAGGUUCAGAAAGAGAAUUUACCCACCAGUGAGUAAACUUAUCAGUAGUUUAUAAGAUGUGAGAAAAUUCACCUGAUUCCCUGCACCAUUUUCUCUGUAAAAUUAAAUUUAAUCAUAUAAACACUUUCUCUCAUUUUAGGACCACCACAGCCUACUGCAACAAAGACUCAGAGCCAAGGCACAGAGAAUCAGAAACAAAAGCAAAAACAAGGUAUCAAGACUGAAAAUUCCCCCUUAACUUAGCAGAAAUUGAGGGUCUGUCAACACAUAAAUUGGAAAAACACCUUCAAAGUACAGUCAUACAUUUCCUGUCUUUUGGCAAUGGAUCAAAAAUGUCAAUCCAAGACCAGAUAAAGUUAUACAUUUGUUCUUCACCAGUUUUCCUGUCGUGGGUCUCAUAUUUUGUCACUGAUAUGCAGGCAGUCGCAGGCCCAGGAACCGAAGCAGAGGCCAACUUCUAGUGAAAAACUCCAAGGCCACAACCUUGCAGUUUGAAUCUGAUUUUGAUUUUGAAACUGCAAACGCUCAGUUUAAAGAUGACCUUACGAAGGAGGUUGUUGGUAUGUUUACUUAAUAGGAAGUGUACUCAUUGUCAAGAGGAUCCUCAAUAUAAGAAAUUUCAUGGGAUUAAAAGCAAUAUUUUUUUGAACUGUUGUAGUUGAAAAUGUGGAAUCUGGGGACGCCCAGGACAGCCAGGGUAUGCAGGAGGAGGAGGAAACACUUGGUGACAAGUACUACGACAAAGCCAAAUGCUUCUUUGACAACAUCUCAUUGAACCUUAAGCCCAGGUGAAUCUCAUUUAUUACCUUUUUUAAAUUUUUAAUCCGGUUCUUGUCACACUGUUGAGUAUUUCUGAACUUGUUUUGUGUGUCCACAGAAAAACCACCUGGGCAGAGGAGAAAAAGUUGAACAUGGAAACAUUUGGUGUGCCAGGUCGCUUCCUGAGAGGCAGAGGGUUCAGGGGCCGAGGCCGCACUGGGCAGACAACUGCUGAGCAGCGCCCCCUCCCAAAAAUAGGCAGUGGGAGGCUGUGAGAAUAUUUUUUUGAUGUAAAAUUUAUGUAUAUACGGUAGUUUUCUACUUAUUUAAAAAGUACCUCCCUUUUUCUCAUUGACAGCUCUUGAGCCAAAUGAGAUUUAUUUUUCUUUACCCCUGAUUUUCAUAGAGGAUUUUGAUCUUUAAGAUGUUUUUCCAUGAAUUGGGAGACUGAUUUGUUUAACAUAGCAGCUGUAUGCUGAGAGCGAGCUAAUUCAUUGAUAGCGGUUUGGUUAAAUCCAAUAAAAUGUGUCUCUUGAACAGGCUAGCAAGCAUGUAAUUUAGUUCUGUUGAUUAAUGUAUCCCUCUCUACUUGAUGGUUAAAUGCAACUCCAAAUUAGUUUUGGAGGACAGCUGUACAUUUAUUUAUUUUUUUCCUUAAUGUGAAAUGAGAACUGUGGAGGACUUUGUGACAGUUGCUAAUAAAUAAUAUACAAGUUA